CCAGUAAGCCCGUGCGCAUAACGCAGCGAACACACAUCUAAGGAUAAAACUAAAGCUUAUGAGUCAGUAGCUACUGUGCGGCGACGUGCCACAACAGCCUUCCUGGGUCAUGCAUCAGCCUUCGGAGCAGUCCAUAUAUGUGCCUAGUACUAACAUGGACGGUGCGGAUCGUUGCCGAUGCCGAUGACAGUUCGCGGCGCUGUCCAAAGGCGGCCUGGUGGCGAAUCGGCACUCUCCGCAUUACCGACCACCGCGUUAGGUUCCCGUUGGCUUGUGCCGAACACUGCCAUCUUACACCACCGAUGUCGCAUCCUCUUGGCACUUUGUUAAAUCGUGCGCUAUUCCUCCUGUCACGAUGAUCCUCGCAUCUGUCUGUACAACUCGGGCUAUGCGCUCAAGAUGCACCUCAUAUCCAAGGAUACCUCUAACACGCAAGCUUGCGACAGUUGCACCUCGAGUACCCAUAAGUCCUCUUAAUCUAGACAUCACGUUGGAUUACGAUCGUCAAAUUUCACAAUUGAAUGCAGUCAAGCACAGGUCACGGCAGCCUUUGACCCUAACAGAGAAAAUAAUAUACAGCCAUUUAUACACAGGUCCAGAUUAUGCCUGGAACCUCGACAAAAUCAGGCGAGGGGAGACUCUCUUGCAUCUGCGGCCUGACAGGGUGGCGUGCCAUGACGCCACGGCCACAAUGGCACUUCUACAAUUCAUUAGUGCUGGUCUUCCCAAGGUUCAGGUACCGACUACUGUUCACAGCGAUCAUCUUGUGGUGUCCAGAGAUGGUGCCGACGAAGACUUGAAGAGGGGCAGCAUUGAACACCAAGAAGUGUAUGCUUUCUUGAGCAGUGCAGCUAAGAAGUACGGUAUAGGAUGGUGGAAACCAGGCGCUGGGAUCAUACAUACAACCAUCUUCGAGAACUAUGCCUUCCCCGGUGGGCUCAUAAUCGGAACCGAUUCCCACACACCAAAUGCCGGGGGUAUGGGCAUGCUGGGCAUUGGUGUUGGCGGCUCUGAUGCGGUGGACGCAAUGGCCGGAAUGCCGUGGGAGCUGAUGUCUCCGAAAGUCGUUGGAGUGCGACUGACCGGCAAAUUGAGCGGAUGGACGUCCACGAAAGAUAUCAUCUGCAAAUUAGCGGGUAUCCUGACUGUUUCCGGUGGGAAAGGAAAGGUCAUCGAGUUCUUCGGUACGGGCUGUGGCAGUCUCGGUGCGACUGCCAUGGCUACGGUUUGCAACAUGUCCGCUGAGAUUGGUUCAACUUCUUGCAUCUUUCCAUACUCAGAUUCCAUGGGCCGGUACCUGUCGGCGACCAAGCGAGACGACAUCGCGCGGGAGGCGAACAAAUACAAGGACGUACUCCUCACGGCCGACGAAGGUUCUGAAGAUCGCUACGAUGACAUUAUUGAGAUCAAUCUCGACACCCUUGAACCACAUGUCAACGGGCCAUUCACCCCAGACCUAUCGCACCCCGUCUCCCAGCUGAAGGGAGCUGUUCAAAAGAGUAACUGGCCUGUCAAUAUCAGCCACUCAAUGGUGGGAAGUUGUACCAACAGCUCGUACGAAGAUCUUUACAAGACUUCACAGCUUGUCGGCCAAGCCAAAGCAGCUGGCGUGCCGCGAGUGAAGACACCCUUUAUGGUGUCACCAGGGAGUGAAGACAUUCGAGCUACGGCGGAAGCAGAAGGCAUACUACAAGCCCUACGAGAUGCAGGUGCUGUGAUCCUGAGCACCACCUGCGGCCCGUGUGUAGGCCAGUGGGAUCGCACAGAUGUCGACGUCAAAGGUCGUGAGCGCAACACUGUUGUGUCAAGUUUCAAUCGCAAUUUCGUUGCACGCCACGACGGCAACCCCGAGACAUGUUCGUUCGUCACAUCACCUGAAAUGGUGACUGCUUUUGCGUAUGCAGGUCGCAUCGACUUCAACCCAAUUAGCGAUUCUAUAGCGGUGGAUGGAAAAGCAUCUCAGCUACGCUUCACUGCCCCAACAAGCGUGGAGCUACCCGUCGCUUUCACGACUGGCGAAAACCUCUAUCAAGCACCUGUUGAGAACGCAGGACAUCUCUUAGUCAACAUUGAUCCACAAUCCGACCGGCUGCAACUGCUACGGCCUUUUGAUGCCUGGAAGACUGGUUCAGCACAAGACAUGCCGGUGCUGAUCAAAGUUGCCGGCAAAUGUACCACUGACCAUAUUUCUCCCGCCGGACCAUGGUAUAAGUACAGGGGCCACCUAGAAAACAUCAGCAACAACAUGCUACUAGCAGCCUCCAACGCGUUCCUGCCCCCCGGCGACUCUAAGCUCUUAGGCUACACUAUCCACCCACUCGACUCAACAACGGGCGUCAUACACGAAGUUGCGCGCGACCUGCAAAACAGGAACGUCAAGUGGUGCAUCAUCGGCGACUGGAACUACGGCGAGGGCUCGUCGCGCGAGCACGCCGCACUUGAGCCACGCUAUCUGGGUGGCAUUGCCGUUGUUGCGCGCUCGUUCGCACGCAUCCACGAGACGAACCUCAAGAAACAAGGCUUGCUGCCAUUGACGUUUGCGGAUCCUGCCGACUACGAUAGGAUCGCGCUGGGCGACCGUGUCACGCUUGUGGGAGUCGAGAGCGGCGAGAUGCUGCCGGGGCAGCAGGUGGGGUUGAGGGUGGUGACUCGGGAGGGGGGCGCGUGGGAGGCGAGGCUGGAUCACAGCUAUAGCGAGCGGCAACUCAGGUGGUUGAGGGCUGGGAGCGCCCUCAAUUACAUCAAAGAAACGAUUCUGGGAGAGUAGAACUGCGCUGUCGAUCACGACGAUCAAGAGAUGAGAAGGCUCAACCUGCCCGAAAGAGUAAUUCGUAAGACCGUGGAUUACGGGACCUCGUGGAGUGAAAGCCCCUCUGCCCAAUGAAGUCAUGGGCCGCUGUGAGCCGAG